AUGGGUCUCUUCAAGUUCUUGUCCAAGAAGGGCUCCAUUGAUGAAUUAUCCCGGCAGCAGGCGACUACCAAAGGCCAGGCAUAUGAUUCCACCACCAUUGCCCCACCACCCAUCCGAGGCACCCUUCCUGUUCGCGGUAAUGGUCCCACCAAUAUUCAAAAUCUCAAACAAGCCGCUCGUGAUCGCGCUCAGGCCCAGAAUGAUGCUGGAUUAGAUACUACCAUCCGACUACGUUCUAGGAGUGUUGGCCGACCCAAUACCGCGCCAGAUGCCCCACCUUGCCCUUCCUCGCAGCAAAGACCAAAGUCAUCUGGCAAGUCUAGUGCCCGGAAGCGAGACCCGACCCGCGCUCAGCCUUUCCUUAUCAACAAGCGACCUGGUCCGCCAUACCUCAUCGGUUUAACAAGCCCGCAAGGUGACUCUGCGCAAGUACAAGAUGACAAUGCCAGCACCAAAGGCCGAGGCCAAAUGCCUCCUCCUGUGCCUCCCAUCUCCGCGCACUUCAAGCAGUCGUCGAUUUCCACAGCCAGCUGGACAGUUGCAUCCGAUACCGCUUCUAUCAAAACCGGGAUGGCUUCUACUUCCAAUUCCGUCGCUAAGCCCCCCAACGGCCAUAUCGACAUCCUCGAUGCUCAAGGCGCACUGAAGCCCUCUGAUUUCAAAUCCCGUGUGAAGGCUGCUGGCGCUCGUGACUAUGGGGAGGACGUGGCGGAGCGUAAUUUGGGUGUCAACGGUGUUGACCUGACUAGCCCGGCUGUCCAGGCUUUCUAUGCUUUGACUGGCGGCGCUCAGCUUGCCUAUAAGUCUGAUGGUAGUGCCAUUGACGUCUUUGGCAAUAAAUACGCCGCCGGUUCCAUUCCAAUCCAUUUCCAGCGAGCGCCACGACUUGUUUUCGAUGAGCAGUACGACUCAGAGCCGGCUCUGUCGUACCCUCACCACAAAGCAAAGAGUAAAGGAGAUAGCUACCCCAAGCGAACGACAAGCCUGGAGCCUCGGUUUGCCAGCUUGCUGCGGAAUCCUGGUGAGGCUGUUGGCCCAAGAGACACAAGUUAUGCUGCCAGCGAGGCCGCUUUGCGCCGCAAAUCUGUUCAUGGGAGCGCUUUAUCCCCCCCUUCUUAUUCACAGCCUAUGGCUCGCCCUUUGAGCAUGCACUCCGCAAUUAUGCCCGAUCAUUACAUCGAUGCGGCCACGAUCCCCGACAUUCCACGAAGCCGGCCAAACACAGGUUCCUCGGCCGGGCAAACGCCUACCAAACUCAAAAAUGGACGAUCCAGAGAUUCGUCUGCCUUGUCCAAGGAGCACUAUUUUGUCAAGACUUCAAACUCAUCCAGGUUUCAGCGAGAUGAUGAGUCCGUUGCCUCGUCUACGAUUUACGAUGGCGAGGAAACUGAGACGGACGAUGCUGAGCCCUUCCAGCAUCCGCGACCUCAGUCGCCACAGAGAAGGGGGCGGGAUGACCAACGCGAGCCGAGUUACGAUGAGAUUGGGAUCGCGACAUCUGACGAUUUCUUGUCCCCUGUGCCCCCAGCGCCUCCCGCUCGCAACCCCAACCGUAACUCUGGUCUUUGGGUUGAUCAUGUCCGCCAGCUGCAGCAGCAAAACCAUCAAGUGGAAUCAGACGCCCACAAUCAACGGAACCAGAAAAACACCAGUCCAGUUGGGCAGAUUCGUUCCGAGCAAAGCCAGCCUAGUACUUCUCGACCCUCUAGCUCCUCUUCCCGCACCCGUAACCGCUCUGUUGGUGCCAGCUCCUCCCAUGCUGGCCGAGUAUGUCUCGAUGAUAUAACUGAGCAUAUUCCUAACCGCAGCUCAUCUCUAUCCGUGUCUUCUGUUACACCUACCGUGGCGUCCUCGAACCAAUCUAGCAACCCGUUCCCCCGCCCUCAGAGCCGGCACACAGCCAACACCUCCGUCGAUCUCGCCUACUCUAUCCCCGUGAAACCCCCAGUUCUUGAUUACAGCCACGCCCUGAAUGGCAAAAACAGCCGCAACACAUUCGGAAGCAUACACGGUAGUCGUGAAAACGUUGCUGCUACGUCACCGAUUUAUGACAACGAGGAUGGUUACUUGACGUCAACAACUGAUGGAUCAGACAUUGAGUCAUACAUUAAGAAGCGCACACGCAAGAAUCGCGACGGAGAAGGUCUUCUUUUUAACGAAUCUGGUUACGGUGGUGCUCUUCCCGGACUCUUCGAUAGCCCAACCGGAAUCUUUUCUUCUUUACCGGCGCCCAGCAGCCUUCCCAGCACGCAGUAUAGACCGAGGAGCAGCGGCCUUCGCCACUCGAAGGCGCCUAUUUCUCGUCCAUUCACUAGCCAUUCGCGGGUGCUUCCACAUCCCUUUCCGACAUGGGAGGAAGGUGACUCGUCAUCAUCGAUGACCGUCUCAGAGCCAGAUAUCGAGACUCCGCGUGGUGACAAUGUCGCUUCACCUGUUGAUGAAGCUGACAAUGAACACUCGUUAAAUGGCAUUGGCCAUCUUGACGAUAAUAAGCUCAGUACCGACCUCGCCGUCCGCCUGAGAAAGCAGCUGAAGCGUCGCAAUAGGGUCGUGGCUCGGGAGAAGCUAUUGCAAGAACAAAAAGAAGGACUCGACCAUGCUCAAUACCAAUUCAAAUCCGUGGUGGAAUAG